AUGGCCAAAGAACUUUCAACCAUCAACAAUCCACCACAGGUGCUAGAAGGGCCUCAAAUCCUUCAUAAGCUGAUACGAUGGGAGAGCCAUGGUGAUAGCUGUGCUAUUGAUUUUACCAACCGAGAUCAACGACGGCAGUACAGCUAUGCGGAAAUCCGACGCUGUAUGGACACCUUGAUUUUACGGAUACAGCAAAACCUGGACCAUGAUACGAUUGGAGAACCUGCUCGCCAGCAUAUUAUUCCUGUCCUUGUACCCCAGUCACCUGGCCUCUAUGUCUCCCAACUUGCGGUUCUAGGGUCUGGAGGAGGCUUUUGUCCUAUCAAUCUAGAUGCGCCACAAGACAGGAUCAAAUUUGUUGUCGGGGACGUUUCUGCGGACCUUAUCAUCACCACGUCCGAGUUCAAAGAAGCUGUCUCCUGGGAGAAUGGCCCCAAAAUCAUUCUUGUGGACGAAUUUCCCGUCCCUCCCGAAGCAGAAGCAAUUCGAAAGCAAUCACGUGAGAUACUUCCUCAAGAUUUGGCGUACGUUAUGUACACAUCUGGCUCAAGUGGCACCCCGAAAGGCGUGGCCGUGAGCCAUUUAGCUGUUUCUCAGUCUUUACUUGCCCAUGAAAGACACAUCCCUUCUUUCAAGCGAUUUCUCCAGUUCGCUGCACCCUCAUUCGAUGUCUCUGUCUUCGAGAUCUAUUUCCCUCUCAUCCGCGGAUCUACUUUAGUUGGAUGCAAUCGGAGUCAAUUACUCAAUGAUCUACCAGGAAUGAUCAAUGAGUUGAGAGUUGAUGCUUGCGAGCUCACUCCAACGGUUGCGGGUGCCCUUCUUCAAAAAAGGUCAAAUGUGCCUGGACUCAAGCUUCUCUUGACAAUUGGAGAAAUGCUCACGAGACCUAUUGUCGAAGAAUUUGGCGGCUCAGAUACGCAGAAUAGCAUGCUCUAUGGCAUGUACGGGCCGACAGAGGCUGCUAUACACUGCACUAUCUACCCAAGGAUGAAAGCGAGCGCUAAACCUGGGAACAUUGGUGUACCCUUUGAUACCGUAUCCACUUUCAUUGCGACUGCAAUUAACUCUGAAGAUAAAGAAUCUGAAUUCAAAGUUUUGCCAGUAGGAGAGCUUGGGGAACUUGUUCUGGGAGGCCCACAACUUGCAAAUGGGUAUUUGAACAGGGAAGAGCAAAACAAAAUGGCUUUUGUGCAUGUCGAGGGAAAGAUCUUAUACAGGACUGGCGACAAGGCACGACAACUUGAGGACGGCACGAUUGAGAUUCAUGGACGCAUGAGUGCGGGGCAGGUGAAGCUCAGAGGCCAGAGAGUUGAACUUGGGGAGAUUGAAGAGGCGGUCUACAAACACCCAGGUGUGAAAACCGUCACAGCGAUGGUGAUUAGCGGAUCUCUCGUUGUGUUUGCUCUUGUUGGAGAUGACAACCUCGACUCCGAUGAUGUUUUGAAGACAUGUGCUAAAUGGCUCCCAAGAUUCAUGGUGCCUAGCGAGGUUGUCCUACUACAGGAGUUCUCGUAUUUGCCGUCUGGAAAAGUCGAUAAACCAAAACUGGAAGCAAAUUAUCAGAAGUGGAAAGAAAGUGAAGAGAAUGGUAGUGCAGAUUCAGCUACACCAAUAGAGAGAAUCGUAAAAGAAACUCUACGAAAACUUCUCGGGCCAUUUCCAACAAACACACGUCUAACUGCAGCUGGACUUGAUUCUCUCAUGGCAAUUAGAGUAGCCUCGAGGCUGCGAAAAGCCGGAUUCAAUUUGACUACGGUCGCUGUUCUUCAAGCCGAGACUUUCAAGGCGCUCGUCCAGCUUUGUGACGAGUCCGAGCCCAUGUCCUCCGAAAAAUUGAAAACCGCGACCGAUCCAACACCAGAGAGUUUGGUAAUAUCCUUGAAUGGUCACGCAAAGGAUGUUGAUUCAACAAUACCGUGCACCCCAUUACAAGCUUCAAUGUUGUCCGAGACUGCCAUUGAUGAAAGAGCCUACAUCAACUGGGUAGAAUUGGAGUUGACGAGAAUCGCCGAUGUGGAUCAAGUCAUUUCCGCUCUUCAGACCUUGUCAGAACAAAACCCUAUUCUGAGGACCGGGUUCGCCGAAUCACUAGACUCUCCAGGCUUCGUUCAAAUCAUAUGGCAAAGCCUCCAAAGAUCACAGGUAGAGCAUGUGAAAGAAUUUCAAUAUGACCUGAGCAAGUCUCAAUAUGCCUCUCUUCACCAUCCUCUCUGGAUUCAAAUCAUGCAAGCUGGUCCCAAUACAAGGCUUCUGAUGCACAUCCAUCAUGCACUAUAUGAUGCAUGGUCUCUAGAGCUUCUUCUCGACGAUCUAAACACUUUAUUGUUGCAACAUACUCUUCCAUCUCGUCCUCCUUUCGCCAACAUCGUGAAUGCAUAUCUAGACGGUACGCUCAGGACUAACGACUGGACCUCGAAAGACUAUUGGAAGGAUCAUUUAGCGGAUUUGGAGCUUCGACAAAUACCAAAUUUCCACAGCCAAAAAUCUCUAUCCACAGGGUUGGCUGUUUUGCGACUGCCAACAUCGAUUGCUACUGCCGAUGCCGAAUGUAUUUCAAGACUUCUGAGUUCCAGCCCGCAAUCAUUAUUUCAGGCAGCCUACGCGACAAUCUUGAGCUCAUAUCUUGGCUCAUCUGAUAUAUGCUUUGGGACAGUUUUCUCCGGCCGCACUCUACCUGUCCCAGGUAUUGAGGACAUUGCAGGUCCAUGUCUUGCAACCUUACCAAUUCGAAUAGACAUAUCUGGUUCCAAUAGUUUCAAGGAACUGGUACAGGAGCUCAAUUCAUCCAACAGAAAGCACUUGGAGCACAUUACUCUUCCGCUUCCGGGUAUAAAGGCUGCCGGCGGGGUCAGUCCUCGCCAGCCCUUGUUCGAUACCCUACUCGUUUGGCAGCAAACAUUGCAGAGUUUUGAUCAUUCCAGGGAGCAUGUUACAUUAGUUGAUACAAUAGACAAUCUCGAGUUUAAUCUUACUAUAGAGAUUAUCCCGGGAACAGGGAAUGUGGAUCUCAAGGCUAACUAUCAGCAAUCACUUUUCCCCGAGUCGCAAGUCAAUAUUCUGCUCCGGCAAAUAGAGCAAACGGUACUUCUUUUUAUUCAAGACGAGAACAUUUCCCUGGAAGAUAUCUCCAGAAAACUUGGCGAUGAUGUUUUGUCCAUCGAAAAUCCAAAUCCAGAAACAGGACUCGGCCCAGAAACUCUUGCUUCUCCUGUUGAACGAUUGGCAGCCGAAGACCCACAUCGCCCUGCCAUCAACUUUGCCAGAUCUAUCGGAACUGAGAUGUCUGACAUUCAGCGCGUUUCAUAUUCGCAGCUGAACUCCCGUGCCAAUCAGAUGGUCCAUCACCUUUUACAACAUAAUGUUCUGCCAGAUGAGCUUGUUUGUGUCUGUAUGGAGAAGAGCGUUGACUUGUAUGCCUCAAUUCUUGCUACGACAAAGGCUGGCGCAGGUUAUCUUCCGGUCACUCCAGAUAUACCUUACGAACGAUUAAAACAUAUUAUAGGAGAAGCUAAUGUCAAGGUCGUCAUGGCGCACUCCUCUUCGCAGCCUUUGUUAACGGCUUUGAAAGCUGUCCAGGUCGUUUAUGUGGACAAGGUCGAUUUCUCAAUAUUCCCUUCACAAAAUAUCCCUAGCAGGUUUAGUCCCGACAACUUGUCAUAUUGUGUAUUCACUUCCGGCAGUACUGGCACCCCGAAAGGAGUUUUGGUUACGCAAGGUAACCUUGUGAGCAACUUAGAUGUCUUGGAAGACCUGUACCCUGCACCGAAAAACUCAAGGCUCUUGCAAUCUUGUUCCCAGGCCUUUGACGUAUCGGUAUUCGAAAUACUUUUCACCUGGCGAAUUGGAGGGUGCAUAUGUUCGGCGACCAAAGAUGUCAUCUUCCGUGAUAUCGAAUCUUUUAUCCGUGUACUGGAAGUCACCCACUUGAGCUUAACGCCAACCGUCGCUGCUUUGAUUGACCCGAAGAAUGUCCCUCAAGUCCAAUUCUUGGUCACUGCAGGAGAAGCGGUCACCCAGAAAGUAUUCAAUGCUUGGGCAGAGCAAGGUCUUUACCAAGGAUAUGGCCCUAGUGAGACGACAAAUAUAUGCACCGUGAAUCCGAAAGUUACACGCAAGGACUUCAUCAACAACAUCGGGCCUCCGCUCAAAAACACAUCGGCUUUCGUUCUAUCGCCUCAAGCGGAGUUUUCCCUGGUCCCCAGAGGUGGGGAGGGGGAGUUUUGUUUCGGCGGCACGCAAGUCUUCCGCGGCUAUAUGGACAAAAGCCAGGUAGCUGGCAAGAUCAUAAACCAUCCCAAAUAUGGACGUCUGUACCGAAGCGGUGAUUUUGGCCGCUUGAUGUCUGAUGGCUCUCUGGCAUUCACGGGAAGAAAAGACGACCAGGUGAAAAUUCGCGGCCAGCGGGUUGAACUUGGGGAGAUUAACAACGUAAUGCUCAGAAGCGAUGAAGUUCGAGAUUGCAUGACUAUGGUAAUCAAUGGAGGGAACGUUAAUUCGGCAACGUUAAUUUGCUUCUGGACUUCGACUUCGGAAGAAGUCAAUAUCCUUGAGUGCUUGCAUCCAAACCCGUCAAUCACUUCCUCUCUCUUCAAAAGCCUUGAGUCGGCACUGCCAGCAUACAUGAUUCCUUCGGCGCUCAUUCCGGUCUCAUAUUUGCCGUCCACUUCUCAAGGCAAGAUCGACAAAAGACUUCUCGUACAACAAUAUGAAACUCUUAGUGUUGAAUAUUUAGACCUUGCUUCUCAGGCAUCACGGAGCGCCUCAAACCAUGAGUGGACGAGUAUUGAGAUGGAAAUUGCGAAAUCUCUCGCGCAGAUUACAAAACUACCACUGGAACAAGUCAGCAUUGACAGCUCCUUUUUUAACCUUGGUAUUGACUCCAUCUCUGCAAUAUCAUUUUCAAGACUUUUGCGCCAGAAUACCCAUCGCUUGGUUGAAAUAUCAGACGUCCUAAAAUUCUCUUCAGUAGCCAGAUUGGCUGAAAGAUUGUCUUCCCGAGAAGAUACAGGUGCUACGACUGAACCUCCUGUCGAAGACAUCAACUUCGGGAUUGACGAGGGAUUUCUGGAUGCAACGACCAAGAGUUUCGAACAAGCAGGAAGGCGUGUCCAAUCAAUAUUACCAUGUACACCCUUACAAGAGGCUAUGCUGUCGGCUGCAGACUCUUCCUCUGAUAACCUGUACAGCAAUCAAGUAACACUCACGAUCAAUGGCAGCAUUGGGAGAAUACAAAGCUGCUGGUCCGAGUUGGUCCGACGUCAUGAGAUACUGCGAACAUGUUUUGUUUCAACGGAUAUGCCAAGAUAUGCAUAUGCUCAGGUCGUACUGGCAGAAUAUGAGCUGAAGUUUGGGUCCAUUGAUAUCGGUGAAAGAGAACUGUCACAAGCUGCCUUAGCUAUUCCAAGGCAGUCUGAGAUUAGCGAAUUCCAGCCACCUUACAGCUUGUACUUUGCGAAAUCUUCUGGACCUACAGGGCUUCUGAUCUCAAUGCACCAUGCUCUUUACGAUGGUGUGGCUCUCGGUGUUCUCUACGAGGAACUAGAGGUACUCUAUCAUAGCCAGAUGCUACCCGCUGCAGUCUCGUUUGCCCCAUUUCUAAAACAUAUGGUAUCAAUGGACUUCGAUAAAGCAGACAACUUCUGGGGGGGUGUCCUGAAAGGCUAUUCACCUUCUCGAUUCAAUCUCAAGAUUUCUUCGAGAGAACAACCUACAACUAGAAUUCAACGUAUUGCUGCGACGGCUCCUCUCGCUUGGAUUGAAGACAGCAUCAAGAAGCACAGCACUUCCCUCUUGGCCGUUUGUCAGGCAGCAUGGAGCACUGUUCUUUCGGAACGACUUCAGGAGACUGAUGUUUGCUUCGGGAAUGUCGUCAGCGGCCGUACUCUACCUGUUGAAGGGAUCGAGCGCUUGGUGGCACCAUGCUUCAACACUAUCCCCACACGCCUCUCAGAUAUCCAUAAGCUCUCACAUCUGGAGGCUUUCCGAAAAUUCCAAGCUUUCAACGCAGAUUCUCUUCAAUUUCAUCUUACUCCUUUACGGCGGUUACAAUCUAAAUAUAGUCUCGAUGGCUCGCGCCUUUUUGAUACCCUUUUCAUUUUACAGCAACCUUCUAGAAAUUUAGACGCUUCGAUUUGGUCGAUUACCGAAGAUAAUGGCGUAAUGGAUUUCCCACUUGUUUGCGAGGUUGUACCCAAGAAUAGCGAUGGUACCCUUGAGAUUAUUCUACAUUCAUACAGUUCCAUCCUUUCCGCUGAAGAUGCGCUGGCAAUUCUUCAUUCCUUCGGAGACAAGAUCCAAGAUUCGUUAAGACAUCCUCGUCGCCAGCUUCUGGCUUCUGCUGUCAAAGACGAGAUCAUCUCAAGGUCUAUCAGCAAAGCAGAUGCAAAGACAGAAAGUGAUAGCAGCACGGCAUCUACGGAAAUGACUGCAGAAGAGAUGGCCAUACGAAGCGUCAUUUCGAACUUCACAGAUGUCCCAGCGGAGAAGAUUGGCAGGCAUGUCAGUAUCUUCCGCCUUGGACUUGACAGUAUCAGUACGGUGCAGGUCGCGACUCGACUCAGAAAGCAAGGCCACAGCGUCAUGGCUAGCGACAUCCUGGAGCACCCUACCAUUUCUCAACUUGGUGCUUAUCUCUCACAGCGUUCUAAUACGCAUUCCGAUACCACAGCUUUUAAUUUCGAAGCCUUCGAUAAGAAACACCGGGAGUCUAUCUGCGCAAAAAACAAAAUCUCGUCGGAUCAAAUAGAAGCCAUUCGACCUUGUACUGCUGUCCAGAAAGGUAUGAUUGCUCAAAGUUUGCAUUCGAACGGCCAGGAAUAUGUGAAUAGCAUGUGGAUGGAGUUGCUCCCCUCAAUUUCUUUGCCAAAGCUUAAAACUGCUUGGGAGAAGGUGUGUGAGGAGCAUGAGAUGUUACGGACGAAUUUUGCGUCAACCGAAGAUUCCGACGACCCUUUCGUGAUGGUAACUUCCUCAAAAUUUCAAAUUCGACUACCAUGGUACGAAAACAAGGGUGAAGACAGCCCGCCAGAGCAAUCCCUUCGCCAACCAUGGAGCUUGGCACUAUCCAAAGAGAAUGACGAGAAUAUCCUACGAUUCAAAGCUCAUCAUGCAUUAUACGAUGCACAAUCCCUUCAGAUGAUAUUAUCAGAUGUCACCAGAGCGUACACCUCCGACACCGUCACUAGCCGCCCUUCCAUUAAUGCAUUACUUGGAGGAAUCAUUAGCUCUAGCGAGCAUGAGGGCGAAGCCAAGAAACUAUUUUGGCAAAAGGAAGAAAAUAAGAUCAUAGUUAAUCACUUCCCCGACCUAACACCUCUCCGAAUAUCCACUCCAACAAGCGGGGUACGCGAAAUCAAGUCACAGACAUCAAUAUCAGAACUCGAGGAGAGCUGUCGGCACAAUGGCAUUACAAUGCAAGCAGCUGGACAAGCAACAUGGGCAAGACUACUUACAGCAUACAUCGGCGAGACUUCUACAACAUUUGGAAUGACUCUUUCUGGUCGGUCAGUUCAUGAAGACGCGUAUAAAAUAUCUUUCCCGAGCAUCAUUACACUUCCUGUCCGAUGCGAUGUCACUGGUACAAAUGCGGAGCUUCUUUCAAGAACCAUGGCUUCUAAUGCUCAGCUCCACAAGCACCAGUUUACUCCCCUUACUUCCAUUCAGAAGUGGGCGGGAUUCCCUGAGGGCAAGAUUUUUGAUACUCUCUUCGCAUACCAGAAGCUUCCUGAUUCUGAGGAUGACCUUGAAUCUCUUUGGAAAAUCAUGCGAGAGGAAGCGUCUGUCGACUAUGCCAUCUCCAUGGAAGUACAACCUGCGGAGUCAGGUGAUGUUACUCUUCGGUUGACCUUCAGAGAGGAUAUUAUCCCAGCUGAGCACUCAGAGAUCAUUCUCAGACAGUAUGACGCACUCCUGUUAGAUACACUUCGAAACCCUCACAAUAUCUGUGACGGCCCUCCAAAUCUCGAGACCGCAUUGUUAUCAAUCACGCCAGCAAAAGAAAACGAGCUCUCAGACCCAGUCACGCUUCUGCAUGAAUUUGUGGAAAGGGGAGCUAAGCAAUGGCCGAAUAAGAAUGCGUUGGAAUUUGCUACCCGCCUUGAGCCUGACAAUGUGGAGAGUCAAUCGUGGACCUACGAUGAGCUCAACAAUGAAGGGAAUAAAAUUGCGCAUUUACUUAUCCAGCGGCAAGUUGCGCCCGGUCAGAUCAUUGCGAUAUGUUUCGACAAAUGUGCCGAAGCAUCUUUCGCUAUUAUUGGUAUACUUAAAGCUGGAUGUGCUUAUGUUGCAUUGGAUCCAAAUGCACCCGCAGAUCGCUUGAAGUUCAUCGUUCAGGACUCGGGAGCGAAGCUGAUUCUUACUGCUGGAAAACCUGGUAAGGCAAUUCAAGAAAGCUUGGAUGUGAAUGCCAUCUUGUUGGACUCAAAAGAAACUUAUGGUGAAUACCCGUCGGAUGCUCCGAAACUGUCAAGGGACAUCAGUCCCCAAGAUGUUUCGUACUGCUUGUAUACAUCCGGCACCACUGGAACGCCGAAGGGCUGCCUGCUCACCCACGAAAAUGCAGUCCAGGCAAUGCUAUCGUUCCAGAGACUAUUCGCCGAUCAUUGGACUGAAGACUCCAAAUGGCUUCAAUUCGCGUCCUUCCACUUUGACGUCAGCGUGCUCGAACAAUUCUGGAGUUGGAGCGUAGGCAUAUGCGUAGCUUCCGCCCCGCGAGAUCUGAUAUUCGAAGAUAUAUCUGGUGCAAUUCAGCACCUAGGUAUCACGCACAUUGAUCUCACGCCCAGUCUCGCGCGGCUGUUGCACCCAAAGGACGUCCCAUCUCUUUGUAGGGGAGUUUUUAUCACUGGCGGUGAACAACUUAGAGAGGAGAUCAUCGAUGUUUGGGGCGAGCAUGCAUGUAUUUACAACGGCUAUGGACCAACGGAAGCCACUAUUGGCGUCACAAUGUACCCACGAGUUCCCGGAAACGGAAAGCCUUCCAAUAUCGGCCCUCAGUUCGAUAACGUUGGCUCUUUUGUUCUCAAGCCUAGCACCGCGCUUCCUGUGCUCCGUGGAGGAAUUGGCGAAUUGUGCGUUUCUGGCAAGCUAGUCGGGAAAGGAUAUCUUAAUCGCCCAGACCUGACGACGGAGAAAUUCCCUACCUUGGAUUACUUCAACGAGCGGGUAUAUCGAACGGGCGACCUUGUUCGUAUUUUGGCUGACGGAAGCUUCAUAUUCGUCGGUCGUGCCGACGACCAAGUCAAACUACGUGGCCAACGUCUCGAGCUCAGUGAGAUCAACGAGGUAAUUAAGAAAAGUGUAAAGGAACUACAGGACGUUGUGACGCUCGUGCUCAAGCACAGCACGCAGCAAAAGGAACAGCUUGUCACUUUCUUUAUCGCCGACUCGAAAUCAGAAGGCGAUGCAAUCUCGGAGAUGAGAAAUGCGUGCAAGGCCCGACUUCCAGGUUACAUGGUUCCAACACAUUUCAUUCCGAUUAAGUCACUUCCACUUAAUGCCAACAACAAAGCCGAUUCAAAACAGCUUGCGGCGAUGUAUAAUGAACUUAGUGUUGAUAUGUUACAGAGGCUGAGCCAACCCCAUCAAUCAGAUUCGAAUUGGAACGAGAAUGAAAAUAGUGCGAUUGAAACCAUUGCCCAAACGCUCCAGGUUGAGAUAUCUGUAUUGACUCGCGGCACGAAUAUUUUUGAAUUGGGGCUCGAUUCAAUUUCCAUCAUCGGAUUCUCUCGCGCUCUUCAGAACUCGGGUUUUGAAAAUGCCAAGCUUUCCGUUGUCAAGAGUAAUCCAAGCAUCGGUGGACUAGUUGCGGCUUUAAUCAGUGGCAAGCUUGUUGAUCAAGGAAGAGAAAAUGCCAAUGUGGAUGCUGCCCAGCAGAUUGCUGCGUUCUCGCAGAAGAAUACGGUUAGCGUUUGUCAGGAGCUGGGCGUCGAGAGUACAGAUGUGGAGUGCAUUGCGCCUUGCACACCCAUGCAAGAGGGGAUGAUUUAUCGAUUUCUAGAGAGUGAUUUGGCUCUCUAUUUCAAUAAAUUCGAAUUCCGUCUGGAUAGUGGCGUUGAUACCGAGAAAUUAUUUUCCGCUUGGAAGCGGGUGGUUUCUCAACUGCAACUUAUGCGCACGAAAUUUGUCGCUACUGAUGAUGGGUAUGCUCAAGUGGUUCUGAAGCAGCUUGAAGUCUCCUGGCAAGAUCCAUUGCCUAUCUAUGACAUUUUGGACAAAUCAGAGGCGUUGAAGAAUCCGUACGCCCUAAGCCUCAAGUCCACCCCCUCAGGGACACUCUUGCAGUUUCAGAUGUUCCACGCUCUGUACGACGGAAAUAGCUUUACGAUGCUCCUUCAACGAUUUGUCGAGGAAUUCCAAGGGCAGGAAGAGCCCGAAUAUGGACCACCAUUCCAAUCCUCACUAGCAUACGGACCUCUUGCAAGCAUCCCAGGAGCUCGAAAGUUCUGGGAGGAGCACCUUGGAGGAUGGAGCGACGAACCAAUGCACAUCAACUCAAAAGCAUCUCAAGAUGUUGUGGCAAGCAGUCUCGUAAGCAAUAUUGGAGGACUUGAAAAUCUGCGCAAAAGCCUCGGCGUCACACCUCAAGCAGUGAUCCAAGCCGCCUGGCUAUCAGUCCUGCAAAGAUUCACUUCGCCAAAUCUCACAGUUGGUAUUGUCACCUCCGGACGAGCUAUUGAUUUCGACGGCGCAGACAAGGUCAUUGGUCCUCUCUUCAAUACGGUGCCAUUCCAUAUCAAAAUCCAGCCAGGCACUACCUUUGCAGCACUCAUCUCGGAAUGCCACAAUUACAAUAUGAAAAUGCAAGACUUCCAGCAUACGCCUCUUAAGGAUAUACAAAAAUGGAGUCCCGCAAGGCCAGGCCAAGCUCUGUUCGAAAGCUUGUUUGUGUUCCAGCGCUCUGAGCCAAACGAUGAGAAACUUGCAGCUGGGCUAUGGUCCCAGGUGGAUGACGAUCAGGUUGCUGAUUAUCCACUUGCCUUCGAAGCUACACUCGAUUCCAAGAGUGAAAAGCUCAAUCUGACAAUUGUCGCACAGGGGUCUGUGGUCACAAAAACAGACGCCAAUGGCUUAUUAUAUUCGAUGGAGGGAGCGCUGCAUGAUAUUUUGAGCAAUAAUGGGAAGAACACCGUCCUCCAACGCACUGGACCGACUACGACAAAUGGUACUUCUCAUAUCAACGGCGGAUCAAGUGCAACUCGCAGCUCUUCCGAAAAAGCAAUCCCAAACCUAAAACCCUUCGACUUCGAGUGGACCUUACAGACCGAGAAGAUCAGGACUGAGAUCGCUUCAUUGGCAAAGUUCCCAGAGAGUGGUGUUCUGGAGACAUCCUCGAUAUUCGAGCUUGGACUCGAUAGUAUUGACGUGAUCAAGCUCGCAUCUCGAUUGAAGAAACAGGGUAUCGAUCUACCUGUCAGUGUGAUCAUCAAGGGUCAAACUAUUGCCAAGAUGGCUGUCAAUAUCUCCGCAAAUCGCGAUGAACAAUACAACUCGACUGGUGAAUUACUCCAGGAUAUGAGCCAAAGUCUCACCAAGUACUUGAAGGCCAGAAAUAAGCUACCUGAUGAUAUUGAAUCCGUCUUACCUGCCACACCACUGCAACAGAGCAUGGUGAACGAGAUGAUAAAGUCUGAUUUUGAGAGAUAUUUCAAUGUUGAAGCUCUCAAACUGAAUGAAGACGUGGAUCCUAGUCGAUUGGUAGAAGCUGUUAAUAACGUCCUGAGAAGGUCCCCUAUCUUCAGAACAACCUUUGUUGAGAUUGAGGAUCCUCGGUCGCCUGUCAGCUAUGCCCAAAUCAUUCACAAGCUUCAGCCCAACGCAGCAGAUAUCCCUAUAAGCAUGUUAACGAAAGGGCAGGACUUCGAAACUUUCAUGGGAGAUUUCAAGGUUCAAUCAGCUAUGUUAGCGAAAACAGAAAAUGCACUUUGUCAAGUUCGUCUCGUUCAGGCAGGCCAGAGUCGAUAUUUAGUGAUGGCUAUCUCGCACGCUUUGUACGAUGGGACUUCUCUUCGAGCGUUACAUGAAGACAUCUACCAGGCCUAUCAAGGAAAGCUCUCCUCGAGACCAGACUUCCUGCUUUUCUUGGAGCAAGUUGUACAGUCCACGACUGAGGAUGCCAAGAAAUUCUGGAGAUCAACACUCUCCAACCUACCAGCAGCCACGUUUCCGAGGAAAGGGCAAACUAAAUCUUUUGAACCAACCGUUCAUCGCUUAGAAAAGCGGUCUAGAGUUCCCCUGAAAGAUAUCGAGGCUAUCUGUAAAUCUUCCAGAAUCACGCUUCAAACUCUCGGUCAAACGUGUUGGACACUUGUGCUCUCUCACCUGAUGGGUCAACUCGAUGUAAUAUUCGGCUCCGUUCUUUCCUGCCGAGACUCAGAAGAAGCGAAUGAAGUCAUGUUUCCGCUCAUGAAUACCGUGGCUGUGCGAUCGGUGCUGCACGGGAGUUUGGGAGAUAUGCUCAGUUACAUGCAAGAGCUCGGCGAUUCCACUCGCCAGUACCAGCAUUUCCCUCUCGGCACAGCACAAGCAUAUGCACUAGCCUCGAGACAAGAUAAUUCACGAGGCAAGGAGGAGACGACUCUAUUUGAUACGCUGUUCAUUUACCAAGGACGUCGCACGAGUGCUGCUGGACAGCAACUCUACGAGGCUGUGUAUGGCGCUUCGGACGUGGAGUUCCCUGUGUGUGUGGAGAUGGAGAUUGUGGAUGAUGAAUACCUAACCUGGACUACGGCGUGCAAGUCAAUUGCUAGAACAGCCAGCGAGACGGAUGAGAUUGUCGAAGCGUUAGAUGCUGUUCUUAGCCGCAUCGUUUCAACAUCCCAAGCUCCGGCGAUUGUCUCGGAUGCCGAUGGUAUAUCCGUGUGUGGCCUUCCCAGAUUCAAAAAGACUGAUCCAAAACCUCAAAGACAAGCUACAUCGGUCACAAACGGUGUCAGCGAUGAAUGGUCCGAACCGGAGCUGAAUAUUCGAAAGGCUCUGCACGAAAUUUCCGGGGUUUCGGAAGAUAUGAUACACAAAGGCUCCACCAUUUUCCAUCUAGGUCUCGAUUCGAUCUUGGUGCUCAAAUUGCCAGCCCUGUUGAGAGAACACGGCAUCAAGCUGAGUGUGUCCGAUAUUCUUAGAGAGCAGACUGUGUAUGCAAUGGCGCGAUGCGUACUUCGCUCAAAGCCAGAAAGUCAACAGACUUUGGAUGUUGAUGCGGUCCUGUCAAAUGCCAUGUCAAAACUGGACAUCUCCCACCAACUGAAGGAAGUUGAAAGCGAUGUCGGAGAGAUUGAAAAUGUCAUGCCAGUCACUGCUGGGCAGUUAUACAUGAUCAGACAGUGGCAAGCUUCUCGUGGUGUACUGUUCUUUCCCACGUUCAGCUACUCCGUUGCUGGAUGCUUUGACAGAGCUAGUCUCGAUUCAGCUUGGACAGAACUUCUGCAAAGGCACGCCAUUCUUCGAACUGGAUUUCUCGAGGUCGGUUCAGAUGUUGUGCAGAUCAAUUACAAUAACCCCAAGAACGAGGUUAGUUAUAUCAAAACACGGUCUGUUGGUUCGGAUUUGAGAUCACCACCGGUAAGCCUCGAGGUCGAAGAGUCCAAGAUCUCAGGGACGACAAUCAAGUUGGCAAUACAUCACGCGUUAUAUGAUGGUAUCAGUCUCCCUAUACUAGUGGAAGAGCUUCAAGCGCUGUAUGAAGGACAUAAACUCGAGUCCUCACCUGGAGACUUCAAGGCAUUCGUGGCCCAUUCAAUAUCAUCUUUAUUCACAUCGAAAAGAAAUUGGAUAUCUUACCUCGAGGGAACAAUACCCCUGAAGACUAAAGGUACGAAUGGUACUCUACCUGUGUCACGCAGCAAGAGAACUGAAGUCUUUUGUCCGUCCAUGAAAGUAUCGUCCUUGAAAGCACUGGCACAAGAAAUAGGCGUCAGCAUCGACGCUCUACUCCUCGCUGGCAUCUCCAAACAAUAUGCUCAGCACUCGUCGUCCUCAGGCGUUACAUUCGGCAUCUACCUAGCAAAUCGCGCUCCUUUCGGCGAAGAUCUAUCAAGUCUCGCAGCACCUACCCUCAAUCUACUUCCGCUUCGCGUCAACAGAUCAAUGGAGAGAGGCAUACCGGAACUCGCGAAAGACAUCCAAACAGAUCUGACCAAGAUCGGCAAUAAGGACAUGUCGUCUGCAUCACUGAACCAGAUUUUCGAAUGGACAGGCGUGAAAGUUGACUUCUUCGUCAAUAUCUUGAAGUCGGCUGUGAGUUCAGGAAGUGAAGCAGUGUUUCAGCCGCUGCAGGAGUUUGAAGAGAAGGCGGUUGUUGUGGAUGUGGAUGUGGGCAGGAGUCCUGAUUUUGAGAUCUCUGGUGGCGGGGAUGCGUAUCUGCCUACGAUAGACAUUGAAAUUAGAUAUGAAGGGGAGAAGAUCGAUAUGGGCGUUUUUGGAACGAAUGAUAUGAUUAGCAUCGACGAAGCGGAAGGUAUUAUUAGAGGGUUUAGGGAGUUCUGGGUUUGA